UAAUAAAUAUCAAUACCGAGUGUCGUAUGGUUCUUCCCUAUCAAAUCCAAUCAUCUCUUCCUCCGUUCCUUCCUUUUGCUUGUGGUUGUCGUCCGUCGACGAUUGAAAAAAGAGAAGGUGAAAAUCUCAAAGCGUGGAUCAGACUUAUCGCAAGUUUUUAUGUGGUUUAGCUGCUGCGAAUGGCGAGUUUUGAAGGGAAAGUUCAAUUCUGUAAGGUAGAAAAGGAGAAGAAUGCAUACCCUAAUGUUGAUGACUAUAUCGAUGAUCCCUUAUGGCCGGUGCCGAAACGGGAUUACCUUGAUGAUUCAACUGAUGAUGAUGACGAUCCUCGUUUUCCUGCAAAUUUCAAUAGGCUUCCAGAGGUCAACUUGAAAAAUGUAUUAAGUGGGAUAGUUGCCAUUUUAACUGGCCAGAAUAAAGAUGGUGGUGGUGGUGGUGGUGGUCGAAUGCCCAGUUCAAAUGUUUCCUUUCUGGAAUCGGAGAAGAAUGGGGACACGUAUUUGCACUCCUCUGUUUAUAUUCCGAGUGCCCCGCCACUUCUGGAGCCAAAUUAUACCACCGUGUACAAAGAUGUCUUGGAAGCUGAACCGCCUGAGUGGUUGCCAGAUAGUUCUACUACAGUUUGUAUGCAGUGUACUGCUCCCUUUACAGCAAUUUCUCGUGGAAGGCAUCAUUGUCGUUUUUGUGGUGGGGUUUUUUGCAGAACAUGUACUAAAGGACGGUGUUUGUUACCUGUUAAGUUUAGGGAGAGGAAUCCACAAAGGGUUUGUGAUACCUGCUAUGAUAGGCUUGAUCCUUUGCAAGGUGUUCUUAUUAAUACCAUUAGCAAUGCUAUGCAAGUGGCGAAACAUGAUGUCGUGGAUUGGACUUGCACGAGAGGGUGGUUAAACCUGCCAGUUGGUUUCUCCAUGGAACAUGAGGUAUACAAAGCAUCCAAUACGUUGAGAAGCUAUUGGCAGGUUUCUAGGCUGAAUCCUGAGAAGUCCAUCCCCCUAGCAAUUCUGAAAGGAGCCAAAGGCUUGGCAAUCUUAACCGUUGCCAAAGCUGGUGCAAUAGUUGCUUACAAACUUGGCACUGGUUUAGUCAUUGCUCGGAGAUCUGAUGGAUCAUGGUCUGCCCCAUCUGCCAUAUGUUUGGUUGGCUUAGGAUGGGGUGCUCAGAUUGGGGGUGAGCUCAUGGACUAUAUAAUUGUCCUCCAUGAUUACAAAGCUGUGAAGACAUUUUGUAGUCGCAUGCAUUUUUCUCUUGGGGCUGGUUGCAGUGCUGCAGCAGGCCCUGUUGGGAGGGUGCUGGAAGCAGAUCUUCAUGCUGGGGAUAGAGGAUCUGGCAUGUGCUAUACUUACAGCUGUAGCAAAGGGGCAUUUGUGGGAGUAUCACUUGAAGGAAGUAUUUUAGCUACGAGGACGGAAACCAAUCUAAAGUUCUAUGGUGAUCCUUAUCUCUCUACUGCUGAUAUUCUUCUUGGAACUGUGGACAGACCUAAAGCUGCAGAACCACUAUAUGCUGCUCUUGGAGAGCUGUACUCAAGUCUACAGCAUUAGUACUGGUGCCUGCCCUCCUUUCAUGUAGAAUCUUCCUGCAUGUGAAGACGUGCAUUGGUCCCAAAGCUUAAUUCACCAUCCUUGAAUUGCAAAAUUGUUUCAAGUGUACAGGACCGUUUCAUGUGACAAACAAUAAGUUUUAAUGUUGUUAUAAUUUUUUAUUCAGUUGUCUAGAAACUAUCAGAUGCUUGCUUGUAUAGAAUCCUGUAUACGUACUGAUUGUUUGUGUAUAGACAUUUUAAAUCAGUUACAAUGCUUGCUCUGAGGAAUUUCCCUCACCCUAAA